CACUUUGUUUAUUUAUUAUAUCAUUUAAUCGGUAAUUGAACCCCUGUUCUUACUCAACAAACUCACAGUUGAGUAGAGCUAGCCCUAGUCCCCAACCGACUGAAUAUAUAAAUUAAUUCAUUCAUCUAUUCUUCAUUCCUACUUCCUUACAUUCUGUCUUCAUAGAAAAAAUCUACAUACAUACCCAUUUUAUGAUCAUAACAUGCUUUUUAUGUCAUCGUUACGGAAUAUUCAUUCUUUAGUCUGGUCUUGAUUUUCAUUUCUUGAUUUUUUUUUUUCUACAAAUAUAUCAAGAAUUAUGACUUUUCUUGUUGUUGUUCGUUUUAUACUAUUGUAUAAUUGUUAAAUUCUAAACAAAACAAGGUAAAGCAAAAAACACGAAGGUUGAGUCUCGGUCGAGGAAUGGUUCUUCAUCAGUACAGUUCACAUGGGAAAUUUACAAUUUUUCUAAACUUAGAGUGAAGAGGCUCUAUUCUCAUAUAUUCAAUGAGGAUUCUUGUUUUUCCUGAAGGCAACAACGUGGAUUAUUUAUCAGUAUAUCUAGAUGUUGCUGAUCCUGUAACCGUGCCUCAUGAGUGCUGUAGAAAUGCUUUGUUUAGUUUAUCUGUUAUCAACCAAAUUCAUUCUGAACACACAAUUACAAAAGCAAUAGAACAUGAGUUUAAAGCAGGUGAGAAGGACUGUGGCUUCACAUCAUUUGUUCCUCUUAUAGAUUUAUAUGACUCUAGCAAAGGUUAUCUUGUCAACGACAUUUGCAUAGUUAAAGCAGAGGUAACAUUGAAGAAAAAGCAGGAUGUAAAGAAAAAGCAAGAACCUACACAUGUUGAUCUGCAACCUGCUGAAGCUCUUCCUGAACCUACACUUGUUGGUAUGCAACCUGCCGAAGCUCAGGUUGAAGCUAAAAUAGCGUCCAUCCCAUUGGCUCCGUUUAUUGUUGGUCAACGAACUGUUCAGCUUCCUCAGCCAACAGAAGCAGAGGCUGAAAUAAGACCCUCUUACUUAUCUCAAUUGGAUGUCUUAUUUGGUGACAUUGAAACUCUAAUAGGUAGAAAGAAUUCCAAUUCAAAGACUUUGAGCAGCUUCUUCCUUUGUCGUGCAUGCAGCGAAGAGGAGAUUUAUGCACACAACAUCUUCAAAGAAUGCCUCAACAUGAAGCUUGCCAGUGUCAUUGAAGAAGGUCGAGAAAUUGAACUCAAGAAAUCACUUUCUAUCAUGAUAACUGGCAAUGAAUGUCCUGAUAACAUGGUAAGUUUUACAACCAAGUUUAUAGAGAACUUAGAUCAAUACAUAGGUGCACAGAAAGACUUAAGGGAGGUUCAAGAUAAGGAAAAAUCAAUAGAGAAGCUGGAGACUAUCGCGAAGCAAUUAGCCUCUGAGUUCAUGCCUCUGAGGAAUCAAGCUGAGGCUGUUGAUCAAGAAAUAUUUGAUUUAGAGAGACAACUAAGAGAAAAGAAGGUAAAGAAGGUAUGUCUUAGAAAGAGUAUUGAAGAUUUAGCUGAUCGAGCUACUGCUUCAAAACAAGGAUUGAUCGAUGCUCAUGAGGUCAUGUCACUGUUGAGAAUCAAGAAGAAAAUAGCGGAGAAGAUGAUUAGUGAAAUGGAAUGUUCAUGGGAGUUUUUAAAGUCUACAAUUCCUUAACUUGAUUGACUAUUUGGAACUGAACAGUUGUGCAGCCUCUGAAGUUAACUAUAUUAGGUCAGUUCUUACCCAAAAAAAAACUAUGUGUGGUCAGUUAGCUAAACAUUCUUCGUGUAGGCAAAUACUUUUUUGUAUAGUCCUUUUAAAAGCUAAACUAGGGCAAAAGCAAAGACUAAUUUCAGAGAAAAGAGUCUUAACAGAUGAUUUGCCAAAAAAACCUUUAGUCUCUCUUGUUAUCCUAGCUUUAUUUAUACUGUAAUUAGUGUUACAAGAAAGUCAUGAUAACAGCUCACCUAUUGACAGUUAAAGCAUAACAAACAACUAACAUUUUUUAA